CUGAUAAAAAGCAGAACUUGAAGCAGGCCAGAGUGACCCUGAGCGCUGGGUGAGGCAGGGACGGGAGCGGCAGCGCUGAGCUGAGGGCGAGCAGGACGAGGGAAUGGCGAGCAUGGCCUGAGGAGCAGGACAGCUUUGUGCCCCUGUGCCUCGGCAGGACCAAAGCCCUGAUGAACAGGACGCCUUUGUGCCCCUGUGCCUCGGCAGGACCAAAGCCCUGAUGAACAGGACGCCCUUGUGCCUCGGUACGUGUCAGAGCAGUCUUCAGGAAGCAUCAAGAAAUCUCCGUGAGGUUCGGACAUCUUUUGUGAAAGGAGAUUGGAAAAAGGCAAUAAAAUGGCAACUCUUCUGAAGAUAAGAAAAAGAUCAGGGUUUUGACCAACUUUGGUUUUCAUGACAAUGGAAUUUUUCCUCCCCACGAUGGCAAGAAAGAAUCUCUUUCUCAGCCUCCUGCUCUGCUACAGCCUGUUCAGAGCUGCUGAUUCCUACUUGGUCAUUGAGGAGAAGACAGAAUGCAACCUGUCCAGGAGCAGCAAAAUGGACCUGUCAGAUCUCCCUCCCAUCUCCAUAGUAGAUUUAACUAGAAAAUCCCAGAAAGUCAGCAGGAAAGAGGCAGAGAACAAGAAAUCAUCCAAGAAAAAUGCCAAACGCAAGAUCUCUCCAAAGCCAAGGCCCCCACCUGCUGCUAACUGUGUGCCAACCUUCAAAACCUGCAAGCCACACUUGAAUUCCUGCUGCCACUACUGUGCUUUGUGCAAAUGCAGAAUCUUCCAGACGAUCUGCCAGUGCCUGAUGUUAAACCCCAGAUGCUAAGCCAAGCCAGAAGCACAACAAGCCUUCUGUCUUUCAUUAGCUUCUCAAGUGGAUAUUUCAUAUUGCCCUGUGUGCAUAGUAACCAAAAUAGAGAGCUCUGAAGCUUGAAUUUGCCCCUCUUAAAAUUUAAUGGACAGCCUUUAUUAUGGGGUUAAUGUUCCACAAGCUGCAUGUUAUUUCAGGCAGCAGACAACCAGGGAGAUUGGCACUGAUUAGGCAUUUUUAGCAGAAGAGCUGUGUUUUAUGAUGAAUUCUGGAUUCCUGUGGGUUUAGGAUUUUAUUUGAAGGGUCAUAUUAAUGCCAGUCUGCAGAAUUGUAUAACCAGCACCACAAAGCCUGUUCCCAUGGCACCCAAAUGGCCACUAAAACAGGACUGGUUAGGCCAGCGAGGGACUAGAGCUUGGCUUUGCUCACAGGGGCAUCACCAGCCUUCAGCACGGCCAAAAAUCAGGCUGAAAAGGCAGGGUGGGGGGUUAACUCCAUUUCACAUAUUCAACAAAAAUCAGGACAAGAAUUUAUGUAGGUUAUUCCACCUGAAAAGAUGGACCCAAGGCUAUAAGGGCAUUUUUUAGUCAUUCUCAGCUAAGCAUCCACCUUCAGAGGUAUCAGUUAUUCUGCCACCAGACAGUACCUCCCAGGGGUAUGACAUACAUAUAUACUUGAAAACUAAAUGUAUCUGUGCCUUGGAAUAUA